CAGACAAAUCUUGCAGCAUGGCCGCCGGCGCCGCCGCUGCCUUAGCGUUCUUGACUCAGGAGAGCCGAUCCCGGGCUGGGGCGGUCGGGGCUCUGCGGGUCCCAGCUCCAGUUACGAUGGACAGUUUUUUUUUCGGCUGUGAGCUCUCCGUCCACACCCGCUCUUUCACCUUCAAGGUAGAGGAAGAGGAUGAUGCGGAGCACGUGCUGGCUUUGACCAUGCUCUGCCUCACCGAGGGGGCCAAAGAUGAGUGUAAUGUGGUAGAAGUCGUGGCCCGGAACCACGACCACCAGGAGAUUGCAGUCCCUGUAGCCAACCUCAAGUUGUCCUGCCAACCCAUGCUCAGUUUGGAUGACUUCCAGCUCCAACCACCAGUAACCUUCCGCCUGAAGUCAGGUUCUGGCCCUGUGCGGAUCACUGGGCGGCACCAGAUUGUUACGAUAAGCAAUGACGUUUCUGAGGAAGGAGAGAGUGAAGAAGAGGGGAGUGAGGAGGAGGAAGCUGAGUUGUGUCCCAUCCUGCCUGCCAAGAAGCAGAGGAGCAGGCCCUAGCCCUCCUUGGUCAGCUAGCUGCCUGCCACAUGCGCCAUGCACCAUGUUCCUGUACAAGUUUCAAGAAUUUUAACUGUGUCUUCUCCGUUGAAGAGAAGGGGUGGGGAUGAGGGGUCUGGGGCUGGUGCUAGGAGACAGGGGGUCCCAUUCUCCACAGGGUCCUGGUGUUCUUUUAAUCCUAUACCAUGCCUGGGCUUUUCUCUAGGAGUGGGAGGACCUCUGAACUUCUACCCUGACCCUCUCUCCCCACUUGCCUAUGAGGUUGAAGGUCAGCAUCUGAAGCUCAGGACUGCACAUUUUUAACACUUUUUACAUUUUGGAUAAAGGUUGAAAUAAAGUGGUGUGGAGUUUUUUUUGCAA